UUAUGUUGGACUGCACAAAGUCUACAAGCUUCUAUAUAACUUGAAAGACUUUCAUCACUUCAUCUGCUCUUGAAGCUCUGGAUUAACAAGGUUUGAAAUCCAAUCUUCUUCCUUCCCGAUCAUCCAUUUCGUGAAAACUUCUCAAUCAUCUAUCUAUGUUAUUCUAUCACAAGCAGCCUUUACUUUGUUCUGUUUGCUUUUACACUGGUUGAGUUGAGCUCGAGCUUGCAAACAGCGAUGUUUCUUUUCCGAUUUUUUUUUUCUUAUUUUUUGUUGAUGAUUGCUUGUAGUUUUAGGUUUCUGUCGUACUGAUCCUAUUUGCUAUACGAGAGCUGUGGUUUGAAGGCAAUCUUGAAACAUGAAGCUCGGCUAUCUGCUAACCGUAUUCUGUCUGUGGGCCGUUGUAUGUUCCCUCCUUCCUUCUUCUGAUGCUCUGAGAAGAGUUAGCCUGAAAAGGAGGCCUUUGGAUCUGGCUAGGAUUAAGGCUGCUGUAGAAGCUAAAUUGGAGGGAAAGCUUGGGAUAGAUGUCAAUGACAGACAGAUCAAACUAGGUAGUGCAGAUGGAGAUGCGGUGUAUCUGAAGAAUUACUUGGAUGCUCAAUACUUUGGAGAGAUCGGUAUUGGCUCACCACCUCAGAAUUUUACUGUUGUGUUUGACACUGGCAGUUCCAAUCUAUGGGUUCCAUCCUCGAAAUGUUAUUUCUCUAUUGCUUGCUAUUUCCAUAGUAGAUACAAAUCCAGCAAGUCCAGUACAUACACUGCAAAUGGAAAAUCUUGCUCAAUUGCGUAUGGCUCUGGGUCAAUCGCUGGAUUUUUUAGCCAAGACAAUGUUCAAGUUGGUGAUGUUGUCGUCAAGGAUCAAGUUUUCAUCGAGGCUACAAAAGAAGGAAGUCUUACCUUUGUCGUGGCCAAAUUUGAUGGUAUUCUUGGGCUUGGUUUCCAGGAAAUUUCUGUUGGUGAUGCAGUGCCGGUCUGGUACAAUAUGGUAAAUCAAGGUCUUGUUGAGGAGCAGCUAUUUUCUUUCUGGCUUAGCAGUGACCCUGAAGCUGAAGUGGGAGGUGAGAUAAUCUUUGGUGGAGUUGAUCCAAAUCAUUACAAAGGAAAUCACAGUUAUGUUCCUGUAACAGAAAAGGGGUACUGGCAGUUUGAAAUGGGCGACUUCCUUGUCGGCAACCUGUCAACUGGUUUAUGUGAUGGUGGUUGUGCUGCUAUUGUGGACUCGGGGACAUCCUUGUGUACUGGUCCAACUGCUGUUAUAACUCAAAUCAACCACGCCAUUGGUGGAGAAGGAGUUGUGAGCGCGGAAUGUAAAACAAUUGUUUCUGAAUAUGGAGAGAUGAUAUGGGAACUCCUAGUCUCUGGAGUGCAACCUGAUGCAAUUUGUUCCCAGAUUGGGUUGUGCUUUUCAAACGGAGCUCAGUCUGUGAGCUCUAAUAUUGAAAUGGUGGUCGGAAAGGAGAGCACCGAAUCAGUUGGUGAGGAUGCACUGUGCACUGUUUGUGAGAUGGCUGUUGUCUGGAUGAAAAGCCAGCUAAAAAACGAAGGAGUCAAGGAUAAAGUGUUCGAAUAUGUGAAUCAGCUUUGUGAGAUGAUACCAAGUCCAGGAGGUCAAUCCGUCAUCGACUGCAAUUCCUUAAAACACAUGCCUAACAUCACCUUCACCAUCGGUGGAAAGCCUUAUGAUCUCACUCCUGAACAGUAUAUACUGAAAGUUGAAGAAGGCCCUACUGCUAUUUGCAUGAGCGGAUUCAUGGCUUUGGACGUUCCACCUCCUCGAGGACCUCUUUGGAUUCUUGGGGAUGUGUUCAUGCGUCCAUAUCACACCGUGUUCGACUACGGAAAUCUCCGACUGGGUUUCGCAGAAUCCGCUUGAACGUUGGAGAACCUCGAACGAUGCCCGGUAGUCAUGAGCUGUUUUUAAGAAAAAAGGCUAAGGGCUGUGUAGUUUAUAUUGUAGGUUGUUUGAUGCUUUGUCUAUGCCACGCUUCCUAUGUUAUGUACCCUUUGAAUCCUGCUGAGUCUUAUCAGUCAGGUUUGAUGACUUCCCUCUUUCAUGUGGGAAUAGUCACGCUAAACAAAAUUUCACUACAUAUUUUGUCGACAAAA